AUGCUGUCGACACGACCUGACAAUCAUGGAAGAAAAGCUGGUAUUAUUUUUUCUCCCUUCCAAACAGUAUUUAUUUAUUCUGUUUGUUUCUUUUCUUUCAAUUUGUUUUUCCCUAAAUUUUCCCGCCUCUUUUCGCCUUGCUUUUUCUUCGUUUUUUUUUCUUUUCUUUUCCUUUUUGUUCCUUCAUAUUCUUCUUUGAUCUCUUGCUCUUUGUUUAUCUUCAUUUUUUUUUUUUACUUCCGCUUUAGAAUUUCUGUUCCUUUCUUGUCAUUUAUUUUCUCCUUUCUCUUCGUUUUUCUUAAAAUUAUCUCAUUUCGAUCUUUCCUUCCUCGCAUUAAUUUUAUUCUUUUUAAAAACAUAUUUUUAUUUUAUCUAUUUUGCAUUCCAUUACUUUUACACACACACAUCUAUCUAUCUAUCUAUCUAUCUAUCUAUCUAUCUAUCUAUCUAUCUAUCUAUCUAUAUAUAUGUAUUCUUUCAUUUUUCUUCAUCUUUGACAUUAGAUUUCUCCUUCAUCGCUUACAUUUAAUUCUUGUCUUUUUCAGCUUCUCAUUUAAUCUCUUGGUUGCUUCUUCGUUUUCGUUUUUUUUUAACUUCAUUUUUUUAUUUAUUUUUUUAAAACCGUCUUUCUCUUUUUUUACUGAUUCUUUAAAAAAUAUUUGCUUUUUUCUUUGCUUCUUGAGUUUAUCUUUUCUGUUUCAUUUUCUUAUCUUUUUGCGGAAUUCCUUUCUUCUCUUUCCAUUUCCUGUCAAAUUUCCUUCUUAUAACUUUUUCUCCUCACUUACUCUUCUUUCUACCCUUUUCCUUCAGUCUCCAUUUUAUUUUCCUUUUGUGUCUUUCAAUUGUCACCUCUUCCCCCCUUUCUCUCAUAAUAUAUUCAUUUCUGCCCCACUUCUUUCUUCUAUUUCAUUUCAGUCGCCUUUUCUAAACCGUAUUUCUUUCCUCCUUUCUCUUUUACCUCAUGUUAUUCUUUUCUAUCUUUCUUUUUCCUUCAGCGUUCAACUCCUACCUCUUUUCCUCUCACUUUCCCUUACAGCGUAUUUAUUUCCACCUCAUCCUUUCUCUCUUCCAAUUCCCUUCCUUCUUUAUUUCAUUUUUUUGUCUCUUUCAACUCCAACAUCUUCUCUUCCCACUUUCUAUUAUAGCAUAUUCAUUUCCACCUCGUCGUUUCUCUCUUCCAAGCUCCCUCCUUCUCUAAAUUGCCUCUUUCAACACCAACAUCUUCUCCUCCCACUUUCUAUUAUAACAUAUCCAUUUGUGUGUCAUCCUUUUUUUCUACUCCUUCUCUAUUUCAUUUUUGUUGCCAUUUUCAACACACGUCUUCUUUCGCUUUCUCCUUUAAAAUUAAUAAUUUCCCUCUCUUCUUUUCUUUGUCUUCCAUUUUAUUUAUCUUCUCUCUCUUCUCUUUAUUCUACCCUCCUUAAGAUUAAGUACCUACACCUCUUCCUUCUUUUGCUUCUCCACCUCCCUAGUUUCAAUUAUCCCGCCUCUACCUCCUCCCCCUGCUUCCCAUCAUCUCCUUCCUCUUCAUUUCAACCACCUCCUCCUCACGUUCUUUCCUUACUCUUAUUACUCCUUACACCUUUAGAUAUCGUUUCAUCACCCAAUUAUUUUCAUCGUCUGUCGUCGAAGCUAAGUUUGAUUCUGGACAUUUUUUUUCUCUCUCUCUCUCAUGUUGAUCGGUCAGAAGGGACAGAACUGAGAAGAAAUUUGUAUAGUUUCUUAUGGUCAGGUAAAAUAUGUCAUCAACCUUCUUUUUUUUUUCUUCUCCUUUCUGGUUUCUUUUCUUUGUCCAGCUUCUAUAAACUGUCGAAAAAGCACUCAGAUUUACAUUAG